AUGGGGGUUCCAAAGGAGCUCGUCUUCGGUGUGGAUUAUCUGGAGCCCAAUAGAAUCACCGAAAGGGAGAUUGCGAAAUUUCGGGCGGAGUACUUCAUUCCUGAUUCGGUAGGUAUGAGGAUUCCAAAUCCUACCGAAUCUCUAAGCAGUCCGAAGGACGGCGAAGUCGUCUUUUUCACGGACGUGCUUCUGCAAGGGGUGAGGCUCCCUCUGCAGCCCGCCGUUCAGAGGAUCCUGGCGCAGAUAGGCUACGCUCCCGGCCAGUUCAAUCCCAACUUCUGGGUGGCGCUGAUAGGGGUAGUCACAGCCUUCGGCAUGGCUGGGGAGGGAGAACCUUCGUACGAGCAGUUCUCCCACCUGUACAGUGUCACGAAGUCGAAGUGUGCCGAUCACGGGGGUUGGGUCCAUGCUAAUUGCCUGAAGGCUACCGAGCGCGGUCACUUCGUCAAUGCCGUCCCGACCUCACAGAAGACAUGGAGGAAACGGCGGGUGCUUUUGUCCGGUGACUGGGAGUCGCCCUCGGGAUCCGUUUCCACAUUCCGACUACGUUCCAAAUCGCCGUUGAAGCAGCCGAGCGCCACACAGGCGGAGAUCCGGCAGAUUGAAAGGGUUAGGCUGAAGGUUCCUGCCGUUGAGAGGGUGUACCCGAAGUUUCUCUUCACCGCCAAUCUCAUCAAGGCCCAGCUUGUCAACCCUGCCGAGAGUAAGUAUACUUCCCCAUUUUGA